CAGAGCACACUGACCGCUGCUGUUCAUAGCGCACUAGACCUGCUCAUCAAGAUGGACGUGAAGAUCCUCAGUGUGUUUCUGCUGCUGCUGACUCAAGUUUUCAUUGGCAUAAACACACAGGGGGAGUUAGAGAUGCCAUGGCCUUAUGACAAUGAUGACGAGGUGAGUGUGAAGCAAGUGGUGGAGAAUCAAACGCCGACAGGCUGUAACUGUGACUGUCAGGAGCCGCGACCCACCGCAACUCCAGCCACCUGGACCUCCAUCAGCACCACGCCAUCCACACACAGCCCCUAUCUGGACUGCAUGUCGGAGUGUCCCUACCACAAGCCACUGGGGUUUGAGUCCGGGUCAGUGAUGGCGGAGCAGCUUACCUGUUCAAACCAGGAUCAGUACGUGGGCUGGUUCUCCUCAUGGACCCCAAAUAAAGCUCGACUGAACAGUCAAGGGUUUGGCUGUGCUUGGCUGUCCAAAUUCCAGGACACGAAUCAGUGGCUUCAGAUCGACCUCCAGGAGGUGCGGGUGGUCUCGGGUAUCCUGGCUCAGGGCCGCUGUGAUGCUGACGAAUGGACAACGAAAUACAGCCUGCAGUACCGAACCCAAGAAAACCUCAACUGGAUCUAUUACAAAGACCAGACCGGGAAUAACAGGGUGUUUUAUGGAAACACGGACCGAUCCUCCACGGUCCAGAACCUGCUGCGUCCGCCCAUCGUAGCGCGGUACCUGCGGAUCCUGCCUCUGGGCUGGCACACGCGCAUCGCCCUACGCCUGGAGCUGCUCAUGUGCAUGAACAAAUGCGUCACGGGUUAAGAACAGCUUUAGGUACUACAGUAAAAUAUGUGACCCUGUCUGUGAAAUCCAGGCUAAAUUCUCAAAAUCUAAUUUUGAGAUAAC